GCUCUUCCUUUAAUAAGAUGGCGCCGGACAGCAACGGUGCUGGUGCCAGGCAGUGCCCAAAAAAGAAUGCCGAUUCUGGCUUCCUGGGGCUGCGGCCCACUUCGGUGGAUCCGGCCCUAAGGCGGCGGCGGCGCGGCCCAAGAAAUAAGAAACGGGGCUGGCGGCGGCUCGCCGAGGAGCCGCUGGGGCUGGAGGUCGAGCAGUUCCUGGAAGACGUGCGGCUCCAGGAGCGCACGAUCGGUGGCUUGCUGUCAGAGGCCCCUGAUGACCAACUCUUCUUUGUGGACACCGGCUCCAAGGAAAAAGAGCGGAGCCGAAAGAGGACCAAAGUCCAGAAAAAGUCACAGCGGGUCCAGAAACCCCUGCGGGUCGACCUCAUCCUUGAGAACACAUCCAAGAUCCCUGCCCCCAAAGACAUCCUUGCCCACCAAGUCCCCAACGCCAAGAGACUCCGGCGGAAGGAGCAGCUAUGGGAGCGGCUGGUGAAACAGGGCGAGCUGCCCGGGGAGGUGCGGAAGGCCCAGGCCCGGCUCCUCAACCCUCCCACGCCAAAGGACAAACCUGGACCCCAGGACACUGUGGAGCAGCCCUUCUACGACCUCUGGGCCCCAGACAACCCUCUGGACAGGGCGUUGCUCGGCCACGACGACUUCUUCCUCGAGCAGACCAAGAAGAAAGGCGUGCGGCGCCCACGGCGUCUCCAUGUCAAGCCUUCUUCAGCGCCUGCCGUGGAGGUGAUGCCUGCUGGGGCCUCCUACAACCCGACCUUUGAGGACCACCAGGCCCUGCUCCUGGCAGCUCAUGAGGUGGAGCUGCAGCGACAGAAAGAGGCGGAGAAGCUGGAGCGGCAGCUGGCACUGCCCCCUGCCGAACAGGUGGCCACGCAGGAGACCGUGUUCCGGGAGAUGUGCGAGGGGCUGCUCGAGGAGUCCGACGGGGAGGGCGAGCCUGGCUGCGAGGCGCCACCUGCAGCCAGUGAAGCGGGGGCAGCCGAGGCCUCUCCCCAACCUGCCUGCCUGGCCGCUGCCACAGAGAAGAAGACGGAGCAGCAGCGUCGGCGGGAGAAGGCUGCCCGCCUGCUGCGGGUACAGCAGGCCACACUGCGGGCUGCCCGGCUCCGGCACCAGGAGCUCUUCCGGCUGCGUGGGAUCAAGGCCCAGGUGGCCCAGCGGCUGGCAGAGCUGGCGCGGCGGAGGGAGCGGCGGCGGCUGAAGCGGCUGGCGGAGGACAACAAGCCCCGCAGGCUGGGGCGGCUCAAGUAUCAGGCCCCCGACAUCGACGUGCAGCUGAGCUCUGAGCGGGCGGAUGCGCUCAGGACCCUGAGGCCUGAGGGCAACAUCCUCCGGGACCGCUUCAAGAGCUUCCAGCGUCGAAACAUGAUUGAGCCUCGGGAGAGAGCCAAGUUCAAGCGCAAGUACAAGGUGAAGCUGGUGGAAAAGCGGGCAUUCCGAGAGAUCCAGUUGUAGCAGCUCAAGCUGGUGCUGCAGCCCUCCCCUCAAUAAAGCACCUGUGACCGAUGCCA